UCAAAGUAGUCAUCCAAGCCGACGCCCUUCAGCUCUUUGGCGAAGUAAGACCACAUAUCAGGCCCUACAUCAUGGAGUUCGCCCGCAAUGGGUCCGAUGAAGUCGAAGUAGCCGCCGAUGACGUCCUUCGCGACGUUUCGUACAGCUUCUACACCCGCCGCAUCAUCAGUAUGGUUGUGUGACACGGGAGCCAGUCGAGGUCCGCAAGGGUUGCAAACCAAACUUACCGUUAUGCAUGGCCUGCAGUGCGCCAUGCAAAGUACCAGCGAGCUCGCGAGCGAGGUCUGUGGUAACGUACUCCAUGAAUGUCGACGUAAACGUGUCUUCGUAGUCCAUGUCGUUGAUUUUCGCGUAGCCGACCUCAGUACCGGUGGCGAACAGAUCGGCCACACCGCCCAGCAGACCGACGGUGUUGUUCAGCCCGACAUCUUUGACGCUUGGGGCGAACGAGGUGGUGAAGUUGGUGACGGUCUCGUCUAUUGGAAUAAGAUCAAUUACAAACCCCCUCAGGAAGUGCGGACAAGACACGUACUGAUCCUGAAAUCGUACUUCUUGACCGCCUGGCACACAGUACCGAAGAUCUCGACCCCGUCGCGAUCGGCGGUGGCGGAGAGCUCGACGAUAGGAUCGGGCUCAUACAAAUGCUCGCGCUCCCACUCUUUGAAGUCCGCGGGGGUGUUUUUGGCUGUCAUCGGUGCGGCGGCGGUGAGGCACGCGAAAGCCGACAAGGUCAGGAGGGGCACGAAAGUCUUCAUGAUGAGUGUGGAUGUGUGAGUUGGUAAUGGACGAAUGUAAAGGUGGAGAGUGAGAAGGAGUAUGAAGAGAGAAGAGUUGGAAGUUGGAAAGAAGAGCUGAGUUGAGGAGUUGA